AUGGAAUCUCCGUCUGAACAAUCAACAACCGCCGCACAAAGAGUAACUAUAAUUCCUGACUCACCAACAACACCAACAGCCGGCACAUUCGCCUCCAGCACAGAAGAGGCACAAUUCUGCUGGUGUGGACUAAAUGCAGUAAUCAAUCGAGUACGAAAAAUAGGAAAGAACACAGGACGAUAUUUCUGGCGGUGUCCACGUUUCGGAACCGACGAGGAUGAAUCGAAAUGCGAUUAUUUUCGUUGGGUCGACGAAAAACAUCCGUAUAUACCCCAUUCCAUGUUGAAUAAUCGACCUGGAUUAGGAAAAACGAUGCCCACUUCCAACAUUACAAAUUAUUUCCCAGUAACAUCCGCUGCUUCGACAUCUGCCGCUGUUUCUUCAGCACCUAAUAUUUCUACAUUAUUUGCUAACGGCAGAUCAAAUGAUAGGGAUAGCAUUAAUGUGGGACAACAACUCCGUCAAGUGAAGUUUUCACCAGAUACAAUUUUUGAUACGUCUUCUUCAACAAUACCAAAGUUUAUUUCAUUGCAAGAAUUAUUUCAAUUAAAAGCACAAGUAAAUGAUGCUUCAGUACCCGAUACAUCACACGAAUCACAGAUUCCCUCCUCGACUUCAUUAUUUUCUGCAUCAUUCAAAAAUAACAAUGCAUCAAUACCCCAACAAUCUGCAACUUCUACUCGUCGACAACAAACACCAAGUACUCCUCCAACAUCACCUCCGAAUUACAGCACCACUGCGACCACCGCCAAGACAAACAAUAACACCAUCUUCAUAACGUCGUCAGGCGUAACCAAACUACAAGAACAAGUAUCGAAAUUAGCGGCCCCUGAAAUAAUUGAACUUUUCGCCAGUCAAAUGACUCGCCUAGAAAAAUACGCAACCACGCAAGAGCAAGGGAAUCAAUUGGCAAUGACUGAAAUACAAAGGUGUCGUUAUGAACUGGAGAAAUUGCGACAAGAAUUGUCGUUGGCUAAUCGUGAGAAUGACGUGUUGAAGCGUGAGAAAGUGUUGCUGAAAAGGGAAUUGGAUGAAGUGACGAAGAGAGAUUCUGUUCGUGAUGGAAAGAGAGCACGACAAUAA